CAUUAAUCGCAUUUAAUCUUUCCUAAAUUCUUCGUUACAUUCGAUUAUUCAUCUUGAAAUUCCCCUAGUGUUGAGAGUGCGUACUAACCGUAGAGGAAAAUCGUGAACCUGCGCAAGUCCGAGCAGCCGAGCGGCGGAGAACGAAGACAUUACGCGCAGUCGCAUAACGCAGUAGCCAGUUGUGUGGAGCGGAGUGCCGCAGAAUCGACGCCUUUUGUGCUUUUGCCAAAGACUCUGGAUACUUUUAGAUUAGGAGACCUUAACAAUAAGAACUUCUAAUCAACGUACUGAUUUGUAGUAAUAUGAGUAAUGCACCCAAUCAAAAUGGAUCAGGUCUAGAGCAGCAGUUUGCUGGUCUGGACUUGCAGGGCCGCGGCGGUAGCAGCGGCGGCAGGUACAUCCCACCCCACUUACGCAACAAACCCGCUGGGCCCAGCACGCCCGAUUCUCGUGAUUCUCGCGAACGCGGAGAGUCUCGCGGCGGUGGUAGUCGCGGAUAUAGCCGCGGUAGCGGCGGCGGUGGACAAACUCGAGACUCACGUCAAGGCGACUUCUCCAGUUUCAAUACGCGCAAUCGGCGCGAUUACCAGAACGGUGAUUCUGGCGAACGCGAUAGCUGGAGCCGGGGCGGUAGCCGUUUCUCCGAUCGCGAGCGUGACGCGCCGCGUAAUGAUCGCUGGCAGGAUCCGCCGUCGAAGGGUGGCGAACGCUGGAGCGAUGGUAACAACGACAGUCGUGGCGGCUCCGGCAAUAGCCGCUGGAAUGAGAGUGCUGGCGGCGGGCGUCGCAACGAUGCCGAUUGGACCGUCCCACUGCAGCGUGACGAGCGCCUCGAGCUCGAGCUCUUUGGCACGGGCAACACAGGAAUCAAUUUUAGCAAAUACGAGGAUAUCCCAGUUGAGGCGACUGGUGAUCAAGUCCCGCAUCACAUCUCAUCUUUUGAAGAAGUACAGCUGACAGAGAUUAUAAGCCAGAACAUUGCGUCGGCUCGUUAUGAUGCUCCGACUCCAGUGCAGAAGUAUGCAAUUCCGAUCAUCCUCGGUAGGCGUGAUUUGAUGGCAUGUGCUCAGACUGGAUCUGGCAAAACUGCCGCGUUCCUUGUGCCGAUCCUCAACCAGAUGUACGAGAAUGGACCUCCAAACAUCUCGCAAGCUCGCAGUUACCGCAGGAAGCAGUAUCCGCUUGGCUUGGUUCUCGCUCCUACUCGAGAACUUGCCACUCAGAUCUAUGAUGAAAGCAAAAAGUUUGCUUAUCGUUCUCGCGUACGACCAUGCGUUGUGUACGGUGGAUCGAAUCUCGUUGAUCAGAUGAAAGAUUUGGACCGUGGAUGUCACUUACUGGUGGCGACUCCAGGCCGCUUGUUGGACAUGAUCGAGCGCGGCAAGAUUGGUCUUGACCAUUGCCGUUUCCUCGUCCUUGACGAAGCCGAUCGUAUGUUGGACAUGGGUUUCGAGCCCCAGAUUCGUAGCAUCCUAGAGAAGGACUCUAUGCCGCGCACCGGUGAUCGUCAAACCCUCAUGUUUUCUGCGACCUUCCCGUCGCCCAUUCAGCUGCUGGCGAGGGACUUCCUCGACAACUAUAUUUUCUUGGCUGUCGGCCGCGUGGGCAGCACCUCGGAGAACAUCACCCAAAAGGUGGUCUGGGUGGAGGAGCACGACAAGCGUUCGUUCCUUCUUGAUUUACUCAAUGCUGCCGAUCUUACACAACCGUCGGCGGAGAGUCUAACGCUCGUUUUCGUUGAGACGAAGAAGGGUGCUGAUCAGCUCGAAGAGUUCUUGCACAAUGACGGAUAUCCGGUCACUUCCAUUCAUGGUGAUCGUACUCAACGCGAGCGUGAAGAUGCUCUGAGACAAUUCCGAUCGGGGCGAACUCCGAUUUUGGUUGCUACAGCUGUAGCUGCUCGUGGUUUGGACAUUCCUCACGUUAAACACGUUAUCAAUUUUGAUUUACCCUCUGACGUCGAAGAAUACGUGCAUCGUAUUGGACGUACCGGUCGUAUGGGUAACCUAGGUUUGGCUACAUCAUUCUUUAACGACCGCAAUCGCAACUUGGCAUCAUCAAUGUUGGAUCUUCUUAUCGAAGCGAAACAGGACAUUCCCUCGUGGCUGGAAGGCGUCGCAGCGGAUGGUCGUUGCGGCGGCUCGGGUCGACGCACGGGCAAAGGACGCUUUGGCGGCGGCGGUUUUGGCGCUCGCGAUUACCGUCAAACGUCGGGCGGCUCUGGUUCUGGCUCGGGCAGCGGCCAACGUCAACGCAGCGGCGGCAGUGGCGGAUACGGUGGGAACAAUGGAUAUGGCGGUGGCGGUUUUUACGGCGGUGGUGGAGGAGGUUACGGUGGAAACUACGGCAGUUCCGGCGGUGGUGGUGGCGGUCGCGACGACUGGUGGGAAAAUUAGGCAAAUUUUCCCCUAAUACGCCAUUCACAAUUUACCCCCUCAAAUACAAAUCAAGUAAGACCGACACCCAGAACUACUUACCUUUUUAGUAGAUGCUUUAUCCAGGACAGAACUAAAACUUUGAAAUAAAUUUGCAUCUUUCCAAUUAUGGGACGUUUCCGAUACAGCAAUCACACACAUGUACAUUAAGGUUCAGAUUUGCCGCGAUGUAAAGAAAUCAGAACAACAAAAUACCGUUUUCAAAAGGUAACGCCACACGUCCUGGAUUAGACUUGCAUUCAUUGUUUAUCAGCAAAUAUAACCUAAUGAUAAUAAUAUAUUAAAUAGUUGGACAUUUUCAUGAAGUAUAAUUGUAGGCGACUUAGAGUCGCUUAAGUUAGUAGCAAGUUAUUUUAAGCAACUACAGAAGGAAUAAUAACUGUUUGUAUCUAUUAUUACUUCAACUAUGUCAUAUGGUUUACUUUCUAAUAUGAUUUCGACUUCACACAAAGCACACGAAUGAAAUACACAAUGUCAUUAUCGGUGGUGCGCGUAUUUUUGGCGGGAGCUGAACUCUGAUUGUGCUGAAUCUGGACGCACCACUAGACAAUUUAAUGAGAUCAAUCAUAUCGUACAUAACGAAUAAUAUGAAACAAACGAAAACCUAGUGAACAAACAAUUUCAUUUCUAAUAAUAAUGAUAUUUUGCUAUCCCGAAUUUGAGACGAACCUAACAACUGCGUUCGGCUAGCGUACAAUGCUGACACGAAUUAGAGCUUAUUCAUAAACGCGUCCUCUUUUAUAUUGAAACACUAGACGGAAAUCAAUGCGAGUGCCGUCGCGACGGUAGUAGUUGCGACGGGCCUGAGGGAUCUGAUGACGGGCGAAACUAUUUAAGCAACAAAUACUAUAAAAAGUAGAAUAAUAAAAUGAAAGGAGAAACACUUAUUUAACGAAUAAUGGGGAUGAGACGAGCAUGAAAACUAAACGAAAAGCGCGUUGCAGUUACAGCUGUUGAACGCUAAGAGUAUUCUGUUAUACACGACUGUGAUAUAUUUCCAAUCUUAGAAAUAUGAUAUGAUAGUUAAAUUUUUAUCAAUUAUUAUUAAUGAUUGAUGAUAAUACGGCACAAAAUGAAAUGCGCGGCGAGCCGCGUCUCGUCGCCUUCAUUUGGGAGAUUUGAGUGGGCGAGGAACGCCCGUUUGGAGGUGGCAGUCGUUCUAUGUUCCCUUGUACAUAAGGGUGGGAUAUAAUCUUAGCGUAUGUAAAAAUAGGACUAUUAAAACGAGGUGAACGAGAAGGAAAUGGAGAAAUCAAAACUGGUAAUCAGUUCGCGGACAUGAUGCACAAUAGGGGGAGGUUUUAAAGUGUGACUUUCGUUCAGAACUACAUGACAGGCUAUAUUUUUAUUCGGUCAAGUAUAAUUACAUUCGUCAAUUCAAACAGUGAUGUUGGAAUGAAACAGGAAUGCCCGAGAGCUUGAGAUUAAAUUCAAUUCAUAUUUGAUAGACUUGAUAAAACUUGUUUCCGUUUGAAUAUUGUUAAUUUUUAACAAAUCGCUUUUUUUUUAUUUCGUUAAUAUGCUUUAUUGUAAGACGUAGUGUUAGUUUCAGUUUUGUCAAGUUUCUUCGUUUUCCGGAGUAUUCAACAACAAUGAAAACGAUGUGUUUCUCAGUUUAUCUUUAUCGAUCGCUUAAUUUUCUAAAUUGUAGCCAUCACAUGACUAAAAAAAAUGUGCACGUAGCAAAGAACACGGAAGGCAACAUAGUAUGGAAAAUUAACUGCAUAGUACAAAGCGUUACUAUUAUUAUUAUUAAUCUAUUAUUCUUAAUGAUAAUUGCCGCAAUUGUCUGUGGCGCGAAUUGCAUAACAAAACUAUUUAUAUUUAUUUAUGUGAUUGAACUUUCAGCAUGUACGGCAUGCUCUAAGCUCGAGCUAUAUUCAUCCGACGAUUUUUGUUUAAUAUUUAAUAUCCUGUGAUAAAGGUUUGAAACUUGUGCCUAUCUCUUCGAACACACAAUUGGAUGACUCUUAUCACACUCUUCUCAUUUAAACAUCAACCAAUUUGCUUCAGUAAAUCAUACAUACAAUUAAAUUCAACCGACGACCUGAAGAAUGAAUUAAAAUAACGAUGGCGAAACAGAGAAAAUCAAGUAAACACAAAGAUAACUUUAACAAUUUGAGCUGUGACUGCAACUUUCGUGUAAACAAUGUGUAUUGAGACACAAUCGUCGACGUAUCCGGUUUGACGAUUAUAACGGAUAGGUAACACGGUAAUUAGUGUGGUAUACAUGUGUAAUUUUAAAUUCUGAAAACAAGACCAUUUAAAGAUACAUACAAUUAAUGUGGGAUGGCAAAAUGCUGAGUGCUCUUGUAAUUUGUCUUUUUCAAAUGAAAACGCAAACUAAAAAGGAAAAAAAAAACUACAAAAUUAACAAAAACUAUUGAUAUUUAAUUUUUUAAGAAGUCAAGUCUUUUUUGAAACUUAUUUGAUGCAUUUAAUUAUAAAAUAAAUAAAAUUCAACUUAAA